AUGGCCAAGGUUCACAUAACCAAUGUCGUUGUUCUCGACAACCCGAGCCCUUUUCUCAACCCAUUUCAAUUCGAAUUGACCUUCGAAUGCAUAGAAGAACUUAAGGAAGACCUAGAAUGGAAGAUGAUAUACGUCGGUUCAGCAGAAACAGAAGAGCACGAUCAAGUUUUGGACACGAUAUACGUGGGGCCGAUACCUGAAGGUAGACACAUGUUUGUUUUCCAAGCACCGCCGCCGGACGUUACCCGUAUACCAGAAAAUGACGCUUUAGGCGUCACAGUCGUGCUCCUAACGUGUUCAUACAGAGGACAAGAGUUCGUUAGGGUCGGAUAUUUUAUAAAUAACGAGUAUACAGAAGCGGAGCCUGAGUUACGAGAGAAUCCCCCGGCGAAGCCUCAGUUUGACAAAGUAGUGAGGAAUAUUUUAGCUUCAGAGCCUAGAGUGACGAGGUUUAAGAUAAAUUGGGCGGAGCCAGACGCGGCGGCAGCUACAGACUCGGGUGACGGUAAUAUGGAGACAGUUCAUGGGCCUAGCAAUGAUUCUUAUGGGGCAACAUUCAACGCGGACUCACAGAUUAGCGCCCUGGAGUUUGGACAGGGCAGUUUAAGUGGUUACGGUGACAAUUCAAAUUCAAUAGCGCCUAUGGAAUGCUGA